GGGGCGUGAACAAAAGGGGAUCCGCUUGCCGCGUGCGAUCUCGCGCCGUGUUUAGCGGUACAAAAACAUCGUUACAUUGUUCAUGUUUGUUAGCGCGGUUCGAGAGGAGAUGGAGGCGUUUCACCAGCUUCUGUUGGAGUAUCCUGAGUUAAUGUACAGCGGAGUCGGAGCCACGGCGGUUGUCGCCGGCGGGUCGCUCGUAUAUAAGAUCGUCACCAGAAAGAAGCCGACCCAUGCGAAUGUGAACUGCUGGUUCUGUAAUGACAACACAGUGGUGCCCUAUGGGAACAGGAACUGUUGGGAUUGUCCCAACUGUGACCAGUACAAUGGCUUCCAGGAGAAUGGGGAUUACAAUAAACCCAUCCCAGCUCAGUACAUGGAGCAUUUGAACCAUGGAGUAUCUGGUAGCCUUCCCACAUCUGAGGCGCCCAAGACCCUGCAGUGGGUCAACUGUCAGAUGCUGCUGUGCAGGAAGUGCAAUAACAACCAGUCUUUAAAGAUCAAGCAGCUGGCCUCAUUCAUCCCAAGGGAUGAUGAGAGCUAUGACGAGGAAAUUGAAGCCUACAAACACUACUUGGAGCAGACCUAUAAGUUGUGCAGGCCUUGUCAGACAGCAGUGGAGUAUUACAUCAAAUAUCAAAACCGUCAGCUUCGGACGGUGCUGCUGAACCACCAGCUCCGACGCAGUCGAGAAUCAGACAAGGGCUUCAUAAAGAGCUCCAAUUCUGUGUCUUCUCCCAUCGGGGUCAUACUGUUACGGGCCCUUGCCUUCCUGAUAUGUGCUUUCCUAGUUGUUACAUAUUUCAGUGAACUGCCGGACCAGCAUACUUCCCCUACUGGCCCUACUGGCCCGCAGACCCUAAGUGGUGGGGUCAAUCCUCCAAAGCCUAAACCCUCCAAUGAAUCCGCCCCGAAAAACGAAAGCAGUGGAGCCAUACCCGUAUGGCAGGGUCUCCUGGAGCUGCUCCCAGACAAGGCCAUAGACAAGGCCUUAGAAAAUGCCAAGCUGGUGUGGCAGCUUGGAAGGGACAACCAGCUGGCUGUAGUCUCUGUUGGCCUGUUAACUUGUCUCACUGCUAUCUUCUUGGGAGGACCUGUGAGGUUGAGGAGAAUUGAUGCUGUGGCCUCUGUCCUGUGGUUCGUCAUCCUGUGCCUCUACCUGGCUGAGAGCUACUGGACAAGUUCCUUGAGCUGGAUGGAUACAGCCAAGCUCAGUAUCAGCUGCGUCUGUUGCCUAGUGAGCUUUGCCGCUGCUGUGGCAACUCGCAAACCACCGGGUCCAAGAAGAGCCCGAUAUCGAAGAUACCUUGGAGGCAGCCAGUCUCUCUUGCUUUCUCCUGACCUGGCAGACACCUUUGUCCCCACCCCGCCCCCGAACCUCUCCAAGCUCAUCACCCGGCGACAAGGUCCUCGCGAGCGCAAGGCCUCCCCCUCCUCGCUGCCUGGGCGCCUCAGCAGAGCCCUCUGCCUUGGCACCAUGCCCUCCCUCACUAGGACGGAUUCUGGUUACCUGUUUAGUGGAAGCAGACCAGCCUCACAUUACAAAGACUCCCCGCCCUCAGACUACUUUUCACUGAAGUCGGGGAGCCGCCCAUCAUCCCCAGGCCCCUCUCCAACUCCUUCAGUAGCUGGGUCAGUUACAUCCAGUUCAGGUUCUGCCAGACAACGGCGCCCCCUCAUCAGCCCGGCUCGCCUCAACAUCAGCGGGCGGAAGCUCCGGCUUUUCUCAACAGAGCCAGAACCGACGCUCAUGUCCCCACCUGCGUCUCCGUCACAUUUCCACGUAGAGUCGACUUCUUCCAUUUACAGUGGCUGCUUCUCACACGACAUUUCACCCUUCCAAAGCCAAAAUGAUUUGAGCUCUUUGUUAAGGGAUGACAAUGUGAUUGAAGAAGAAGAGAAGCAGGGCAGCUCCUCGGGGUCCUCCACAUGCCUGGUUGGCACUACGACACAGGGGCUGGAGAACAACCCUCCACCAAAAGGUUUCAUGAAGAGUCUUAUUUGGCCGGGGCUUUUAUUGGUGAGCCUGACCUCCAACCUGUUGUUCGCCUGCCUCUAUAUGUACCAUAACUGGAGAUGAACUGUUGAUGGGUCCACUGUUCUCCUGUGACCUGUACAGAGUGAGUUGACCUCUGUCACGUCUGUGGACCUGGAGGUCAUUCAGCAAUGCCAGAAAACUCACCUUUUCUGGCAGUUACUUAUUGCUUAAUGAGAAUACAAAUGUCAGUUGUUGUUCUUUUUGACAGCGUUUCUCCUGUUUGGUUGGAGUUACGAAAAAACUGUAUGCUGAAAUCAAAUAUUAUGUGAUUGAUUGCUUAAAAAUAUUUAGGCUUUUGUGAUCUGGCCUUGUUUUUGUCUUUUGGUUUGUCACUGCUCCUCUUACACGAUCACAGGUGCACAUGUAAUUGAUUUAAAAGGCUCAGCUCUUGCACCGAUGCUUGGUGGCUUUUUAAAGACCGUUCUGUGAAAUGUGCAAUAAACAUGUACUUUUUCAGUCGAAGCUGCUUGGACUCAGAGGGUCAUGUCUUACCUACUUAUCGUGAUCAACUGAAUAACAUUUCUGGUUCUUUACAAGAGCCAAAAAUUGGAAAACAUUGAGCAGAAUGUUGUCUGUGCUGUAUACUUACAGCUUUUCAUAUUUGAAAUUUGUAUAGAUUUUCUAUUUGUUGUGUCCUAAUUUCACAGCACUGGUGUUCGCCAUUCUCUUGCUAUGUAUAUUCAGGAGGGAAAGAGUGGUGUGUCAAAUGAUAUCCUGUUGGGUUGUUUUGUUAAAGAGUUUACAGUCAACAUUUUUAAUAUGGUCAUGUAUAUCUCAUGUCACUCAUUCACUACAGAAACAGUUCUUUCAACAAACCAUUUAAUGUUGUUAUAUCUUAUAGAUAUCCUGUUCACAGGCUAGUGUGUAAGAGGCAAAACUCCUAUGGUUAAGUGCAAUAUUAAAAUCUCUUUAAAGAAAUGUCCUAAUGUACAUGUUUGAAUAAUAAAGGCACAGAGAUUCAGAUAGUUUUACUCCUAACUGAGCUGUGAACUAAUUUAUACAGGACUUUUCUCAUAACUUGUAGUCAAACAUCUACAUAUUAAACCAGAAUGAUUUUGCACUUGUUUUUCCUUUUUUGUGUUCCGUUGUGUUUGUAUUUUGAAUAUGUGAUUGUUCUAUUAGAGAUGAAGAGCACAGAUGUUUAAUGCGUGUGUAUGUUUUGAGUAACAAAGUUGUACAUUUUGGACAUGUAUAAGAAGUGUUUAAACAGUUUACAGUUUGUUUGAUUUGCUUCUCAUGUAAACAUCGUAUGAUGUUAGGCUUUUGGAUUUAUUUUUUUUCACAUCACUGAAUGGCCAUGCACUUGAGUUUUUUUUUUUUUUGUGUGUGUGUGUAUUUAAUGGGUUAUGUGGUUUUUCCUCACACUUGAUGCUAACUUGUUGUAAUUUAAAGUGCUGUUGCCAGUUUGUUAUUUUGAGCCAAACUAAUAAUUAAACUAAAAAAAUGUUUUCUGAAAAAUAAAGUUGCUACUGAAACACCUCUAAAUGACUGGAAAUUAUUUAAUGAUAGUUUCUAUCAUUAGAUAAUUCUAGUUAAUCAUUAGAUAACCUUUAUAAUGAAUUGUUUGUAAAGACUAUUGUAACCUUUCAACGUAUGUAUGCAGUCUUUUGCAUUUGUACUUGAUGUGUAACUUACCAUAUGUUUAUUUCUUCUCUCAAGAAGGCUCAUUCAUUGAAGGUUCAUGUACAUGUGGAAAUUUAAAUGCAGCAAUGCUGGAUUUUCCUAAAUGAGACAAACCUUGUUUCAGUUAAAAGUAAAUUUAAUUUUUUUUUUUUUUAAACGUGUAACUGAAACAUGUUGUGCUUUUUCUCUGGAAUUGACAUCACUAUUAUGUGAAGUCUGUCCAAUUCAGAGUGUUUGACAGAAGUAUGAAAUUAUGUUCUCUUUAAUAUUUGAAUGUUUGUUAUUCCACUGUGUUCAAUGCAAAUGUGUGUUCGCAAAAGCUGUUUGGUCUGUGUGAUUGUAAAGACUGGCUUGUUUCUGGACCCAUACUUUUUUAAUAAAGUGCUUUUUCCCUCUCUA